AGGACGCCCCAGAGGCCGUGCCUCAGGCCGAGGCCGAGGCGCCCAAUGGCGCCAAUGGCCAGGCGGACGAGGUCGAGCAAGAGGCCGACGAGGCAAUGCCCUCCCAAGAGGCCGGCCAGGAGAAGGACGGCAGCCAGCCCAUGGACGAGGACGCGGACCACGUCGACAAGGAUCCCUACUGCGAGCAGCCUGAAGUGGGCCACGACGACCACGACGAUGACGGCGGCGACGACCGGGACGAGGGCAACCAGGGCGACCAGGGCGACCAGGGCGACCAGGGCGACCAGGGCGACCAGGGUGACCAGGGCGACCAGGGUGACCAGGGUGACCAGGGCGACCAGGGCGACGGCGACCAGGGCGGCCAGCCUGGCGCUAGCGUCAGCCCCAGCCGGGGCAGCCGGGGUACGCAAAAUGAGGAGCUGGAGAGCCCAGGUCCUCGGCGUCGUAGACGGUCACGCUUUGAUGAAAAGCCCGAGGAUGAGCCAACACCCAUGGAAGAUGAGGCCUUCAAGGAGCGCGAGGAGGACAAGCCUUACGUGGAGUGUGAGGAGGAUGCAGCGGAGGAUGAGCGAGAGAAGGUGGAAGCUGGAACUUUUCAAGCGAGCCGCACCUAUUCGAGCCUCAACGUUUUGCCCAGUACUGACAGCAGAUUGCUGAUUCCUCUCAAUGAUGAGGGGUUAGGUCAUCUUUUUGCAGGCGUUCGAGCCACUGCUGGGUUGAAGGGAGGAAGGUAUCUCUUCGAAGUGAAGGUCCUGGAAGUCAGGAGAGCAGCGGAAUACGGCCGAAGGCACAAGAACAUCCCGAAGCAACUGGUCGCUAUAGGAUUCUCCACCAGCGAUAGCAGCUUGUUCCUGGGCGACGGCGAGGACGGCGUGGGCUUUGACACCGAAGGCUGCUUGAUCCUGAACGGUCAGAAGAACUGGAUGGAGGGCUUCAACGACCGCAUACCUGUGGAAAGACAGUUGGUGCUUUCUGUGCUGCUGAAUUUGAUCCCAGAGAGUCCCAAUUGUCACACCUUCAGCCUUUUUGUGAACGGCAAGCGUGUGGGACGACCCCAGCAGCUUCCGGAGGCUCUUAGAGAAAGGCCUUUGUAUCCUACCGUCAACUUCAAGAACGUCACCCUGCACGCGAACUUCACAGCGCCGGCGAUGGCCCCCUUGCCCUUCAAGUGCCGGACCCUGCAUGACGCGGCGCAGGAAGACGUGGAAGUGCUCCCUGAGCCCGAGGGCAAUCAGCCAGAUGGAAGACACGAGGUGAUCUUUCUGAUCGGCCUACCGACCAAUGGCACCCAUGCAUUUUUAGAGGAGUUCCAGAAGGAGAAGCAGGCCUCGGCACGCUUCACAGAGCUCAGUGCGGCCUCAAUGAAGCACUGGGCCAAGUUGAGCGGAUUUUGGAGUCGCGGGGAUGAGUUGGGCAUCGAAGAAUUGGACCGGGGCAAUGUGACCCAGAACGUGGUGCAGUCUAUCGCGCCAUUCGUGGAGCAGAACUUUAUCAUUAAGGAACUUCCGAAGAACUUUUUGUCCGACUUCCGGCAGAGCAGUUUGACGGUCUUCGACGCGGGCCGCUUCAAACGCACCGCUGUGGUCAUGCUGGGCUCGGCGCCGGAGAGCACCCGGGCCGCGGCCCGGACGAAGCUCUUGAAGCAGCGCCAGGAGAAGGUGGCAGCUGAAGUGAAGCGAGCCAAACGACCUUCGAAGUGGGACAAUGGUGAUGCAAAUCCAGCCUUAUCGCCUGAAGAGUUAGAGGCGGAAAUUCAGAAGGCUGUGGAUGCAGUGGAAGUUCCGGAAGAAGAUGAAAAAGCCUGGCUGGAGGAGGUGAUCGAUGAGCAACAUGAGAACGAGUUGGCACGAUCCUUCGAAAAGUUUACCAUUCCCUCGGAGGAAGAGGGCUUUCAGGAGAUUUGCUUCGUCUGGGACGGUGAGGAGGAAAGUAACGAAGACCUGAAGCAAUGGAUGGCAGAAAAGAAAUUGGUUCAACGAGUUGAAGAUUUGAGACCUACGGCAUGGUUCAAGGAAAAGCUUCGCGAGUGGCAAACGGUCCUCAGCAAAUGGAAACGGCGCCAGGAAGACUGGCAGGACCCCGUGAAGCGGCGGCGCAUCGAGAAGCCCAAGCUUCUUCCGGUCGGAAUGUUGGGCGACCACCCCGAGAACGGCGUGGACGUCGCGACCCCGGCUGGCGAGGGCGAGGUUCCGCCGUUGGAAGAAGUGGAUCCCUGGAAACUUCUGGAUUUGAUGGACAUCGGCUCCGGCGAGCCACUCUUCUCCAAGUUCUCCUGGGAGGAUUGGAUGAUGUUGGAGCUGAGAGUCCAACUGCACUUGCUGGUGCAUGGCUACAAACAUGCCAUGAACGAUCCUCAACGUGUGACUUUCCAUGAGAGCCAUACGGAGUAUUACUAUGAAGUCUUCUAUAGGAGAGCGUUGAGGGUCCGGCACUUUGGCGUGACCUCGCUGGAGGACUUGCUGGAGAUGGUGAAGGAUACCAUGGAAGUGAUUCCUUCGAAAUCUCUCCUGGAUCCUCAGUUAUCAGAUGACACGCCCUUUGAGAACUUCGUGCGCUUGACCGAGGACGCCCGUCGCCUGCGAUUCUCCAAGCUGGACGCCGGCGACGCCUCGGCGCAGCUGCGCUUGACGCGGAGCGAGAAGACCACGCCCUCGGCGCCCAAGUUCCGCAAGGAGUUCCGGGGAGACGAGGACGCACGCCACGACCGGCAUGGCGAUCGCUAUGGCGACCGAGAGCGUUACGGCGAUCGGGAUCGGGGCAAAGGCAACAGAUAUGGCAAGGGCGACCGCGGCUAUGGAAAGGAUCGUGGCAAGGGCGACCGCGAUCGUGACGAGCGCGGGAAGGCCAAUCCUAGGGGCUAUGAUCGCGAGCCCCGCCGCGACGCGGGACCCCGUGGGGGCCGUGACCGCGACUGGCCCCGCGACGACCGGCGGCCUCCACCGCCGGCGCCCCCGGCAGCGCCGCCGAGAUACGGCGCGACGAAGCGGCCCUACGAGCGCACGGAGCGGGACAUGGCCAGAACCUCUGGCCCCCGUGACCGCGAUGGCCGCGGGGACGUCCGCCGCGACCGCGACCGGGGCGACCGGGGCGGGCGCAACGAGGCGCCGCGCAGCUACGGCGGCGAGAGCUACUCCCGGCGCCCGGCUCCGCCGCCGCCGCAGAGGGCGCCGCCGAAGACACGCUAUGACAGUGGCUACGCUGGUGGUGGCUACAAGGGAGGUCAAAGGGGUCCACCCCGAUGAGCGCCGGACGACGGACGGGACGUCGGUUUCACCACGGCAAGCGAACCGGGAUGGGGUUGAAGCGGCAUGGCUCGGCCCGGCAGAGAGUGACAUAAAA